AAGAUGGAAGAUCCGUAUCAGUUAGACGACGAUGUACCUAUAACAGUUGUAUGUAACGUACAAAAAGCUAUAAUAAAUGUCAUUUUUGGGGACGGACAUACCGCAAUGGAAGAGUUACUAAAAAAUCCAGAUAUUCAGGGCAAAAUCAAAAGACUCAGUCCACAUGUGCGGAAAGCAUUUGUGGAGAGUCUUCUUGAUUUGUUCGAACAAGAAACAGAAGACAUGAUUGAUGCUAUAGAAGAAAGUCGGAUGGAACUGAGGGGAACAAUGUUGGAUUUUGAGGACGAAACCGAACAACUCAGGGCAGAAUCUAGAAUGUUAGAACAGCGACGUAUGGACUAUGAACGGAACUGUGUUAACAAGUAUUUAGACGAGAAAGGAAGGAAGAGUAGGUCGUCCAGUUCACGUAUAUCAUUUAUAGACGAAAGAUCAGAUGAGAAUAAAGCAAGUGUCAAAGACUAUAUGAGAAGGAAAGAACAAAGUAGACUUAUGUUUAAUGAAUCAAGGAGUCCUUCAUCACUCAGUGUACCAUCUCUUGCACCUGUUGAAAGGCCCAUCAGUGCUCAGACAUCCAGAAGUUUACCUUCUCCCAGUCCUAUAAUGAGCAAAAAAGCUUUACAAGCGGAAACCGAUGCCAUUAUGCAGAAUCUGUCCACUGCUGAUAAUAAACUUGCGACUGAAAGAUACAGACAAACAGAAUUACUAGAGGAAAGAAAAGCCAGAAGGAAAGAAACACAUAAGUCUAGGGAGGAACAAGCCCUGGAAUUAUUAGAGAAGGCUUUAAUGAUGGACAAACAACUGACAGCUAAAAAAGAGGCACAAGAAAAGAGACUGAAAGAAAGACUGGAAGAAAUGAAAAGAAAGAAAGAAAGAACAAUGUGUGAAAGUGUGGAACCUUCCGACAGAUUGGAAGAUUUCGAACGUUUUUGAUAAAUCAAAAUAUUUCAUCACCUCAUGACGUACUGUCAAUACACAAUUGACAGAGAAUAUGAUAAAGGAGGAUUUUUAAUUGAGAAAGAUAUCUUCUAGACUACAGUACAGUACGAUAGAGUAUUUAGAUGUAUUUAUGAAACAGUAUUUAGUAGAAACAUAGUUAAUAAGAUCAUUCAACAUAAUGUUGUUAGCUGUCUACAACAAACUGUUUCAUUAUGAGAAUAUGAGUUGUAUAAAUAUUAGAUGUAUCGUGUCCUCAAAUUACCCUUUUCAACAAUUUGGAAUUGUAAAAAUAAGGAAAUAUAUACUAUUUUGUAUUUUGUAUUAUUCUGCUUUUUUGGGGUUUUAUAUUGAAACAUAAAUUGUAAUUUGUUCUGUUCUAUCAACUCAAAAUUUGAUAUGAUAUUGUUUUAUUAUUGAGUUUCUGUGAUAGAUUUAAUAAGAAAGUAAAAUGUGAUAAUGACCCUUUAAUUGACAAUUGAAGACAAAUUACGUAACAUCAGUUCAAUCAUUAGAACUAGAUUGAUGAAUCAUUGUGCAACGUUUAUAUUUUUUCUUCACAAUGAAACAAUGGCACCUAACAUAUGAGCUGCGUCGGAUAGAAAUCGACCUUAUGCACAUUAAUAUCAAUAUAUCUGUUAACCUAUCUCGGGAUGAAAAAUCUCUACGGAAAGUCUGUUACUGUUUGAAAAUUGAGUUGUUAUAAGAACCCUACAAACCAGACUGACAUUUAUCUUUUAUUUCGUUUUUGAAUGUUCCAUAAUUAAUCAAAGUCGUAUACAUGUACACGUAUAUGUGUACUUGCAUAAGGUCGAUUUCUAUCCGACGCAGCUCAUAUAUUCUAUAUUCUGUUUGUUGUAAGUAUUAUUCUCGCUACGAUAUAGACUUUUUGUGCCGAGGCGGCGUAAAGCAUACACGAAUCAGUCAAUACUUGUGAAAGUCAACUGUGACUUUAAAUAUUUAUGUAUUUAACUUAAAGCAAUUCGACUAAGAUGUUUUUAAGUUUUCCUAUAUAUUUCAUAACUAACAUAUUCCAUAGAGUAAUAGACAAUAAGGUAAUAAAAUAUAAAUAGAGUAUAAUAUUGAUUUACAAUAAUACAGAAUAUAGAAAAACGCAUGCUCUGAUAAAAUGAUUGAUUUGAAUGUUCCUAGCACACAACAUGCGAUGGUAUGCACUGAUAAAAAUCAAUACAUCUUUAUUUUUACAAAAUUGAUACUAGACUGGUUUAAAGAUUGUUUUUAGUUUUUGUAUCGGCUUAAUUUACAUAGAAAUCUUCACUCAUAUAUGCAAUUCAUUUUAGUACAUUUCAAGAAUUCACUUUAAAUGAACAAUUUGACAAAAUUGACACUUUAUUUAGUACAAUUGUUAGAACCUAUGUAUUACGUACAUAUAAUAGAAACUAUGUAUUACGUACAUAUAAUAGAAACUAUCUAUUUAGUUCAAGUAUUAUAACUUUUAUAAUUCUAUAAAGUUGUUACAACUUAUCACUUAUUUUGGUCUUGGCUUGACACGUUUCCUUUUUUUUUUUUUUUAUCUGAAAGUACAAUUGACGAGUGUUUCAAGUGCUCAUGGGCAACUGAGUACGAACACGAUACGGUAUUAGCGAUGUAAAUUUGGCGAAAAAGUUUCGGCGUUUUAUUUGAUUUUGGCCACGUCUAGGCGAUUCGGACACCUCAAGGCUGGGUUAGCACGUUUGAAAUAGAGAAUAAAUUUGAGAGCUUUAGUAUUUGAGCAUCAUUUCAAUCAUAAAGGUUGGAGAACACAAAUAAAGAGAGUUAUACAUUUAGAGUUAUUCCCCUUACGAUGCAUUACACAAUUGUUACUAUAGGUUGUGAUUAAACUAUAUGGCAGGCCAUAUACUGUAUGUAAUAAAUGUAAAUGUUGUUCAAAAUAAAUCAUUACUAGUAUA